GGAAUCAAAGAUGCAAAACACCGGAAACCUCGCUGGCAUCACACUAUUUAUUACCGGUGCGUCUAGAGGCAUUGGCAAGGCGAUAGCACUGAAAGCAGCUCGUGAUGGUGCCAACAUUGUGCUAGCGGCCAAAACAGCAGAGCCCCAUCCCAAGCUACCCGGAACUAUCUACACGGCUGCAGCGGAAAUUGAAGCGGCCGGUGGGAAGGCUUUACCAUGCAUUGUUGACGUACGCAGUGAGCAAGACGUACGUUCUGCGGUACAAAAAGCGGUGCAAACGUUCGGCGGUAUCGAUAUUGUGGUUAACAAUGCAAGCGCCAUUUCCCUGACUCCAACCGAGCAGACCGAUAUGAAGCGAUACGAUCUGAUGCACAAUAUCAACACCAGAGGCACGUUCUUAGUAUCAAAGGAAUGUCUUCCCUAUCUUCGCAAAAGCAAACACGCUCAUAUCCUGAACAUUUCGCCACCGCUCAACAUGGAACCACAUUGGUUUGGCAAUCACGUGGCCUAUACGAUGGCCAAAUAUGGUAUGUCUAUGUGUGUGCUCGGUAUGGCACGGGAGUACGAAAGUGCCAACAUUUCCGUAAACGCUUUGUGGCCACGUACAAUCGUUUACACGGCCGCUGUGGAGAUGCUUCACGGACAGGAAGGACAUCCGUACUCGCGCAAACCAGAAAUUAUGGCGGAUGCGGCGUAUGCCAUUCUUUGCCGAUCGCCAGGAAGGAGCACUGGCAACUUUUUCAUCGACGACGAAGUGCUGGCCGAGGAAGGAAUUACCGAUUUUGCACAGUAUGCUUGCGUUCCUGGGAACGCACUCAUACUUACCCCGGAUAUCUUUGUGAAUGAAAAGAAAUCGAAGCUCUAAUUUGAUGAAUAUGCUGCUUUCUUCCAUGGAGAA